GUCUCUAUGGUAGGGCCGGCCUUUGGGGCUAGAGCGACGCGGAGGAGGGUUGAACGUGACCGGCUUUCUCACUGACCCGCGAGGGUUUUGACCCUAAAACUUCGCUAUGUCGGAGAAAAAGCAGCCGGUGGACUUGGGUCUCCUGGAAGAAGACGACGAGUUUGAAGAGUUCCCCGCGGAAGACUGGGCUGGUUUAGAUGAAGAUGAAGAUGCACAUGUCUGGGAGGAUAAUUGGGAUGAUGACAAUGUAGAGGAUGAUUUUUCCAAUCAGUUACGAGCUGAACUUGAGAAACAUGGUUAUAAGAUGGAGACCUCAUAACAUCUGAAAGAAUUGUUGAAGCAGCCUACACUUGAACUGUUAACUAAACUCUAGAACAGAGAGCCCAGGGUGGAAUGUUUAAAAAAAAAAAUGCUUAUUUCAUCAGUUGCUUGAAUUUAUUUUUGUUUUGUAACACAGACACACAAAUAAAUGUUUUGGUCUAA